UACCCCCAGAUACUAACCCCAAUACGUGAGUCGUCUCCAUUUUAUUUUCAUUUAUUUCCUGUUUUAUCCACUGCUGUAUCAGUGGACAGCUAAAAGACAUUAAUAAACUAAUGAAAAUACUAAGUGAAGUGAACAUUUGACUAUAAUAAACUAUUAGACCAGUGUGUGAUCUUACGUAAUAUUUUUUUUGUGAGGCUUAAGGAGUGAGUUCCGGCGCGAUCCCCAUGCCUCGCUAGAUGCUGUGCGGCGCUAUCUGGACCGCGGCGCCCGUCUCGCUACGUCUAGCGGAGGCGUUCCCCGCUGCGCGUUCCUUCACCGCGCUCGCGAUGCACGCGUCGCGACAUGAUGAUGACUCUAGCUUCAUAGAGAAUGGUCUGCUCUCGUACGAGAACCCGAACUACCACUUGGACCCGUCGCGCCUCGAGUCGGCGCUCUACAGCGACCUCUACGAUAUGCACGACGACAAAAUGCCGGACGAGUAUGACGCGUAUCUCGACAAUAGGAGAGUGGAAGACGAGGCUGCCUCGCCCGUGACCAAAACAAAUGAAAAAAGCGGCCUCAUCACUCCCCCCCAAAAUGGCGGCGAGGAGUCCCCCCCUCCAGAGAAGGAGCGGGCGGACCAAGAGGACUCGGAGAAGAGGCACGCGCCCGUCCCGCACUCGGCGGAGGGGCCGAACGACGACCUCUACGCGAUUCCCGUCAAGUUGAGGGCGAAGAAGGAGCCGCCUUUGCCUCCGGGGUGGGAGAAACAUGAAGACAUGGACGGGCCCUACUACUGGCACAUAAAAAGCGGCACCAUCCAGCGGGAAAUACCGAAGAUGCUGCCCGUGGAGGCCAAGGAGUCCAGGAUCUCUAUGGUGCGGGACUGCUCGCUAUCGGAGGUGAACAAGUACGAUGGAGUCAUGACCUCCUCCGUGACCAGAAGUACUACCAGUGGGGCGCUGGCGGAUCAUACGGACCAGGAGGCUGAGAGGAAACGGAAGGAGGAGAUGUCAUAUAAACGGCGCAGUUUCCCCGCUCGUCCCGAGCCCGACAGCGCGCGUGCCGUGCGCUUCUUCGUACGGUCCCUGGGCUGGGUGGAGAUAUCCGAGGCAGAUCUGACCCCAGAACGUUCCAGUCGCGCCGUCAACAAGUGCAUCGUCGAUCUCAGCCUGGGCCGGAACGAUCUGCUCGACCAAGUCGGUCGCUGGGGUGAUGGUAAAGAUCUGUUCAUGGACCUGGACGAUGGGGCCCUGAAGCUCAUCGACCCUGAGAGCCUGAACACUCUGCACACACAACCUAUACACACCAUACGCGUGUGGGGUGUGGGCAGAGAUAACGGACGGGACUUCGCGUACGUGGCCCGCGACCGCGCGACGCGGCGCCACAUGUGCCACGUGUUCCGCUGCGAGGCGCCGGCGCGCAGCAUCGCCAACGCGCUGCGCGACAUCUGCAAGCGCAUCAUGAUCGAGCGCUCCCUGCAGCCGCCGCCGCGCCCCACCGACCUGCCCGCGGCCAGGCGUCCCCGCCCGCUCUCCGGGGCUUCAUUCCCGACGCCCAUGGAGGAGCCGCGCAAGACCGUGCGCGCGCGCUACCUCGGCAGCGCGGAGGUGCCCCGCGCCACCGGCAUGGACGUGCUCAACGACGCCCUGGAGCGUCUGGCGGCGGCUAGGGCGCCUUCGGCGUGGCGACCGGUCGCUGUGGCUGUCGCGCCGUCUAUGAUCACUAUUACUGAAGAAGGGGAAUCGAGCCCCAUAGUGGAAUGCCGCGUCCGCUACCUGUCGUUCCUCGGCAUCGGUCGCGACGUUCGGCGCUGCGCGUUCAUCGUGCACACGGCUCAAGACAUGUACGUGGCGCACUGCUUCCACGCUGAACCCUCGUCCGGGGCCCUCUGCAAGACUAUCGAGGCUGCCUGCAAGCUCCGCUAUCAAAAAUGUCUGGACGCCCACGGCGGAGCGCCACCACGUUCACCUGGCGCAGGGUCGGGUGACUCCCGAGGGUCGCUCGGCCAGACCCUGAAGUCUAUCGUGGGCUCAGUCAUUGGCCGUCGGCCUUCUUGAACACAGGAGGAGUCGAAAGAGAUAGAGGUCGCUACUCCCCACGAGGCGGACGCAGGCGCAGCGUAGCUUGCGCAUUCCGGGUGCAGUUGCUUGGGUUCAUUUAUUACUUCUAGUCAUAUUUCUGCCUUCUAUUACCCAUUUUUUUUCAACCCAGGUGACGAAAUAUAAUUUGCACAGAUUCCCCAUACAAGCUGCUUGAAAGAUAGGUGAAAAUUAUGUUUCAUCAACUUUACCUACCUACACAUACAUACAAUCUACAUAUACGAAGGCUAUGAGCGAACAGGGCCACCGUAAACCACUUCGUACUUCCUUCAUCUAUUUGCCUCACUAUCGCACUUAUUCAAGUGACAGGGAGACAAGAAAACGAAACUUCGACCUAACCUUGUACACCACCACCCUUUCGUGCUCGGCGCUUAAUGGACUAAUGGUAAAAAAUUAAAAAUGGAAUGCAUGAAAGUUGACAUUGGGCUGUAUAGUAGCCGCGCGCGUCAGUUGCCUAUUUAAGCCUGACACACAACUUUUGUCGGUGGAGUCCGUUUGCGAUUUUAUGGAACGUAAGUAUAUGGAAAAUCGCAACGAUUACAAAAUAAUCUAACGUAAUACGUUCGACGAAACUGCACAGUAAAACCGUUAAGGUGUGGUGGCGGGAUACUAUGGAAAAGGCCACUACUUCAUCAGAACACAAGACAGACAAGAGACAGAGAGGCUGGUACAGAAGAGAUCAAAAACACGAGCAGUUGAAACAGGCCACAUUGUAGGUAAUAAACUAAUCGGUCUUCUUUCUCUUAAGAAUAGAAGCAAGGAAGUUUUACCACACGAUUUUCUUGAAUUCCCUACUUAAUCUACGUUUCCCGCCUUUUGUCCUACAACUGUAGGUAUUUCUAAAGAGUUUAGCUUCCUAAGCCCAAGCAACUGCAAACCGCACUAUAAUAUCCAGCUUUACAUAUUUAGGAGGGAUUCAAUAUUGUUUAAAACUUGUUUUUUAAGAAAUUGAAACGUAUUGUCAUCACAGUAAGGUUCAACUGACAUUGCAGGCAAGCUUCACAUGGCUUUCGUCAUGACUGCAUCAAUAUACAUAUCUAUUAGUUUUUGUAUACGGUCUGUCAUUUAGAGGGUUAUUUAAUUAUGCACAUCUGAUGUUAAAAGACAAGAACAACGAUUUACGAAAAUUUACCACCAUUUUUCAGUUGCCUAAGUACUUAUUCUUUUUAGUGGUAUUUAAAGCAAUAGUGUUUUUUUCUCCGUUUCGGCUUGGGCAAAAAUGCCUUUGUGUGUCCUCUGUUUACUCUAUAGGACGCAUUUUUCGACCGUCCGAUUCCCGUGAAAUUUUCUGAGCAGGUUCGAAUUUUUUGUCAAUUCACUUUUUGAAAAUAUUUCAAAAUGGCGGUGCUAUGGUGAUUCACGAACUCUAUAGCUCACAGAGCGACUAGUUAACUAAGAAUUUACUUGACAACAUUUUUAUCUCUUCACAUUAGAGUCCAUUUCUGAUUGGUUUUCAUUGGUUUAGUUAGACUGUUCAGUAAUGAAAUUGGCCUAGAAUUAUUCGACAAAUUAAGGUAUUUUUAACAGAAGGGAGAUUAAAUUAUUUCUUUUUGUUAUUUUGUCCCGUUAGCCAGGAGACAACUAACACACUCUGAGAUGAUGCUUGGUAGAUGGCCCAAAAUUUUAUGAGGGGGGAAUUCAAAUCCUAUAAAACCUUGUAUUUAAAUAGUGACCCAGGAGACUUAUCCUCAACAACCAAAACAGUUAAUACACUCGCCAAAUGAGUAAGUUCAACGCCCUUAACGCCAUCUAGUGUUAUUAUUUUGUGUCUAAAUGAUCGAUUAACGUCAGAUGUGCAUUAAAACAGCUUGUAGGUCAUUAUAACAUAGUGCAGUAAACAAAUAAGUGUUCAUAUACCUAUAUACUUUUUAAUUAUGUUAAACUACAGUCAGAAGGUCAGAACACAAGUGUUACAAUCUUAAUAAUAUACAUGUGUUCAAAUUGUUGUAUAAAGUCAGUCUGACCUAACUCUGUAUCGGUUUGGCAAGCGACAUAGUGUAGCAGAAACACCACAGAUGUCAAAUUUCCACGAAAAUAAGACGUCUAUAUAAAAUUAUAUUAUUAUAUUAUUGGCUAAAAUGCCAAUAGGCAUUUUAACAUUUUGUCACUGCAAAGUGGGUGCAGAGUUAGCUUAGAUGGGUUCUAGAACUAUUUGAACAUAUAGGUACGUGUGUUUUUGACUGUGUCGCCGUCAGAUAUAUCGGAACAACCAGUGUGUUCACAAUUAUCUGAUCAAAGCCUUACCAAGACGUUACAGUGCAUGUUCAGAUAUUUUUGACCACCUAUGCCGCUCCGAUAUAUCUGAUAGCGACUGCACUACCUUAAUUUAGUCCUUAUUAAUUUUAGAUAUUAAACACUUACAUUCACAUUGUUUUGAGGCCGGGUAUCACAAUAUUUAAUGUUAGUAACAAGGACUAUAACAAAUUAACGAUUUAAGAGGGUAUUUAAAUGUUUUUCACGUUGAUCUCAAGUUGUUUGAAUUUUCGUAUUUUAUUACAUAUUUUGGGUUCACAAUUUUUAAAUUUAUUAAAGUAUAUUUUAAUUUUUUAUUUAUUGUUCGCCUAUACCUACAGUUAAUAGAAUAUUUUUUGAGCGUUUGCUCAAAUUUUACUGGCGUUGAUUGUAUAUAGGUACAGUCGCCAUCGGAUAUGUAUUGGAGCGGCCAAGGCGUUCAAAAAUAUCUGAACAAGCACCCAAGUUCCUUGACAAUAGAUGCGUUUUCGGAUAUUUGUGAAGUCUUUGGCCGCACAUAUGUAUCUGAUGAUGAUUGUACAUACCUGUUUUUUUUUUAUACUUACACUGAGAUUUAAGUAUCUCUCUUUUUUCAUCAAAAAAAAAGAAAAAAAUAUGCUUACUUCUCUCAGUGUAGUGUUUAACCCAGGUAUUUUUGUUAACUACUUUUAUAAUACCUCAAACUACGUCUACAUAACCGCUAAGCUACGCCUCUGCUUAAACUACCAACGAUUAUUAGACUGGUGGUCACAUUUUCAACGCUGAGGUUUGGUACGCAAAAGUAAACCGUACGAGUUACGCUUAAAGCACAUUUUUCUUUGAAAUUGGACUGCCAGGCUUGAUAGGCAAGCGGUUUGAGGUAAGUUUGUAUAUGCUUUAGCUCCUAAUUAUUAUAAAAUCCUAGUCCAUAGUUCAUUAUUGCUUCUGUACAUUCGACGCCAUUUAUAAUUUAUAAAAAAUUCCUCUGUGACAACUGUCACAAGCUUUUUUAGUUAAUGUAAUUUAAGGUGUAAGAAUAAAGUAUUAAUAAUGACCCUGUGGAGUUUGUAAAUAAUUGUAAACAAUGGAAUUCGUUUAGUUGUAGGGUAGAUAAUAUUGGAGUGUUAAAUGGUGUGAGUUUAAUGUGACAGACUUGAGAUUUUAGAUACACAAAACGGACGGUAUGCAAUGCAAUAAAAAUAUAUUGUUAGUUGCGGACACCUUUACAAAGUCACAUCGUUCAGCUCUUAAAGCGCGCUCUCUGUCAAUCGCUAUGCGAUUCUCGCGCGAGACGGAGGGACAUAGCGAUGUUUUCUCGCGACAGUGACUUUGAGAGGGAGUCGAUUGACGAUUUCAGUCUGUCGAGCACGGUAUGAACUAGUGAUAAGAUUCGUUUAACUAUACUUUGUCCCAACGCUGGACGUAGCAUAGUCUAAAUUGACCCUAUUUGUAUAGUAAAAGAUAUUAUUUUUGCUUAGGCUUGUACAAGUUUCUAAAUUGAGUGAAUUUAAUUGCAAAGAUAAGUAAAUAUUUUUGGUAUGACACCGCAAUGGAUGUUUGUAAAUUAUCGUGUAAGCUUAUAAAGGGUCUUUUAUGUUGUAAACUUUUAAAC